AUAUAACAGUCUGUAAUUUCCAGAAUGAUCUGAGAAUUCUCUGCUGCUCUCCUUUUCUCGUUCUCUCUGUCAUACUGACUUUCUAACCCCAGCAAUUGCCAGUCAUAAACCGUAUUCUAUGAGUUGUUUUUUACGACAAGCGCGUUUUGAAGGGCAUUCUCAAUCGUUGACGUUCCGAAACGCUCGUUCUUCACGGGGCGUAUACGCAAUACGUGAACAAUAAAAAAAAAUUGUGGCUUUGGCUAUAGGAAAUGUCACGGUGAACAAAUUGCAAUUAUUAUCGAACAAAAUGCUUUAUCUUAGGCUCCAACAAAAAUAGAAAAAACUAAAUAACGAAAAGAAUGUAGCUGCGCAACGCCGACACAUGGAAUUUCAAAACUAAACCAAAGAUAAAAUGGCAAAGAAUGAUGCGAAGCUGUUCGUAAAUAAAUUAAUAAAACCAAUCAAUGAAAACAACAACGAAACGACAAAGAAAACAAAUCAAUUUGCAAAUGAAUAAACGAAAGUAGUAACCAAAUCGAGCGAAAGAAUAGGGGAAAUUCCAAUAAUAAUAAUAAAAUACGAUUGCAUGACGGUGAAGGCGAAAGUAAAAGCCGCCAAAGCCCCCCUCUUCAACCCCCAAAACGUAUGAGGAAUACCUGAAAAUACCUGACAAUGUCCAGGUGCGACAACCACAAGUCCCGCCGCCAACAGCUGCCCGUUCCGGCGCCCCUGUCCUCCUCAUCCUCGUCCCGCUCGCAAGGACAUCACCACCACCCCAACCACCACUCGAGCCACUCGGAUCUGGGUGGCAGUGAGUCCUUCCUGCAGUAUUGCAGCGACAGCGAGAAGAGGCCACCGCCCAUUGUGGUGGUGGUGGGCGAUGGGCGGAGCCGGGUCCGCCGGGUGGUGCGCACCGCCACCAGGCACGUCACCGUGGUCAGCCUGUCCACCCGGCACAAGGAGACCCAGACGCACACCUCGCACCAUGUGACGGCCGUCAGCUUUCCCCAGAAGAGCCUGGAGCGAAGCGGUUCCACCCAGUACGAACUGGCUGGAGCGCAACAGCCGGGAUCAGCCAAUGCCUCCUCCUGCACAGAUGGCGGCAGUGUCGGCGGCUAUGUCUACCUGCAGAAUCACUAUGCCCCCGGCGCCCACAGCUCCUCAGCCGCCAUCAACUAUCCUGCGCAACAGCAUCCCCAGAUGGUCUACCAAAUCCAGCAGUAUCCCACGUGCCAUCAGCAGCAGCAACAACAGCACCUCCAGCAACACCAGCAGCACUUGCACCAGACCAACGCAGGUCACUACAUGCAGGUCACGGCGACGGGUGGUGCUGGUGGUGGUGGUCAAUAUCAUCACCAUCACAUGCUCCACGGCCACGGGCAUCAUGCCCAUCAUCAUGGUCACGGCGGCGCAGUGGUCAUCGCCGGCAGUGGAGUGGGCACCGGCCUGGGAUCCGGAGCCACCAGUGUGAUCAUGCAGCACCAGCAGCAACAGCAGCAGCAACAGAAUAUGCACAAGAAGAACUCCAUCCGGAAUGGCGGAGAUGUCCUCAAGCGAACGCGAGCUCAGUCAGCCUACGAACUCUCACAAGAUCUGCUGGAGAAACAGAUCGAGCUGCUGGAGCGCAAGUACGGCGGAGUUCGAGCCCGUAACGCAGCGGUCACAAUUCAGCGGGCCUUCCGCCAUUACAUGAUGGUCAAGAAGUUCGCCUCCAUCACGGCCAUGGCCAAGGCCGAGAAGCGUCUAAGUCGACGGAUGGUGGUGACGGCCAGUAGCCUGGGAUUGGCGGAGGAGGGUGCCUCCUCCUCGUCGGCCUACGGCAGUGCCAACGAAUCUCAGCUUACCGAGCAGCAGCAGCAACAAUUGGCGGCACAGCAGCAGCAGCAACAACAACAGCAGCAGCCACGUGUCACCAUCAUGGCCGGUCCGGCGGGAGCAGCUUCACCGGGUCUAUCCCGGACUCCUCCCACACGAUCGCUUUCCAUGCGGGAGCGACGUCAGCUGGACUGCAGUCCCAUACCGCGUAGUCAGUCAGGAGCCUCUCCCGCCUCCAUAUCCAGCUCGACCGUCAGCACAUCCGCUCUGGCCUCCCAUCCGCAUGUGAAUCUUCUGCACGCUGCCGAGCCGCAUUACUAUAAUGCCCAGGCACUGCCCACGGCGGCGGCUUACUACACUAGUUACCAUGGAUCGCCGCACGAUUUGAGCUAUGCCAGUUCGGCGGACACCUCACUGAAUGCCUCGUGGGUGAACACCAGCGGCCACUCCCCGCACACGCCCUACUACUCGGCGGCCCAAAUAUAUAUGCGACCCAAAGGCGGCAGCACCACGCCCACGCCCAGUUGCAGUGGCAGCACAGGCAGCGGUAGCGGUGGCAGCGGCAGUGGUAGUAGCAAGAAGGUGCCGCCAGAGGUGCCCAAACGCACUAGCUCCAUCACGGCCCAGCAACAGACACAGCUUUUGUUGCUGCAACGCCAAACGCCGCCACCUCCUUCCCUGCUAAGGACCAAUGGCCUGUGCAAAUCCGCCGAAAACGGCAGCCUGACCUCCGUGCAGAGUUCCGGAUCGGAUUCGAGUGUGACCUCGGCGGAACGUAACCUCAACAGCGAUUUGGGUUCGGAUCGCAGCAAUUCACCACACACCUGGAAGCGGGGAACAGCGCUUAAUAGCUCCCAGCAGUUCUCCACGCACUCGGCGGAUUCAGCGGGUGCGGUUUCAGGCGGCAUUGGAGUGGCAGGAGGAGCCGGCGUCUAUGCCGCACAAAUGCAGGCUGCCGUAGCAGCGGCCACGGCGGCAGGAGGACUACCCCCAGCCGAUGACCAUGCCAUCUCCUCGCACACGAGUGCCGCUCAGUAUGAGCAACAUGAGCAGCAGCAACACGAACAGCAGCAAUUGCAGGCGGCUGCGGCUGCCGCCGGAGUGGCACAGAACUACAAGAUGUCGGAAACGAUACGCAAGCGGCAGUAUCGCGUUGGACUCAAUCUGUUCAAUAAGAAGCCGGAGAAGGGCAUCACCUAUCUGAUCAGGCGGGGAUUCCUCGAGAAUACACCACAGGGCGUGGCCCGUUUCCUCAUCACACGCAAGGGUUUGUCCCGCCAAAUGAUCGGCGAGUAUCUGGGCAAUCUGCAGAACCAGUUCAACAUGGCCGUGCUCAGUUGUUUUGCCAUGGAGUUGGAUCUGUCCGGUCGCCAGGUGGAUGUGGCCUUGCGAAAGUUCCAGGCCUACUUCCGCAUGCCUGGAGAGGCACAAAAGAUUGAGCGCCUGAUGGAGAUCUUCUCGCAGCGCUACUGUGAAUGCAACGCGGACAUCGUGGGGCGACUAAGAUCAUCUGAUACGAUCUUUGUCCUGGCCUUUGCCAUCAUCAUGCUGAACACGGAUCUGCACACGCCCAAUCUCAAGCCAGAACGUCGCAUGCGCGUCGAGGACUUUAUCAAGAAUUUAAGGGGCAUCGACGACUGUCAUGACAUCGACAAGGACAUGCUGAUGGGCAUUUACGAUCGCGUCAAGUCCGACGAAUUCAAACCCGGCAGCGACCAUGUAACCCAGGUCAUGAAAGUCCAAGCCACAAUUGUAGGCAAGAAACCCAAUUUAGCGCUACCCCAUCGCCGUCUCGUCUGCUAUUGCCGGCUAUACGAGAUACCCGAUGUGAACAAGAAGGAACGACCUGGUGUGCAUCAGCGCGAGGUGUUCCUGUUCAACGAUCUGCUGGUCAUCACCAAAAUCUUUAGCAAAAAGAAGACCUCCGUGACGUACACAUUCCGCAACAGUUUCCCGCUGUGCGGCACCGUUGUCACCCUGCUGGACAUGCCCAACUAUCCGUUCUGCAUUCAACUCUCCCAGAAGGUGGACGGCAAGAUCUUGAUCACCUUCAAUGCCCGCAACGAACACGAUCGCUGCAAGUUUGCCGAGGAUCUCAAGGAGUCCAUUAGCGAGAUGGACGAGAUGGAGUCGCUGCGCAUUGAGGCCGAGCUGGAGCGCCAGAAGUCGGCGCGCAAUCGAGCACCUGGCAAUGCGGAGAAUCGUGACAGUGGCGUGGCCGAUGUGGAGGUCUGCCCGUGUCCCUAUCAGCCAGGAUCCCAGGCGGCUGGCGAGCAGGCUCCCAAUUCCGCUGACUCCUCGCAACAGCUGAAGCGCAGUGCGCUUAGCAACAGCCUUCUCGACAUGCAUGAGCAAUUUGGCAAUGAGAAACCUCAGCGUCGAGGCAGCGUUGGCUCCCUGGACAGCGGCAUGAGCAUUUCGUUCCAGUCCACCACCAACUCCAGCGCCUCGAGGGAAAAUGCCGCUGCGAUUGCGGCCGCAGCCAAUGCAGCGGCUGCAGCCAAGAUGCGAUUUAACAUGCAGCCAACGGCGGCGAUCGCCACGCCCAGCAAUGUGUAUGCAGCUCCGGGAAUGCAGGCAUAUACCCAUGCCAACUUCGUUCAGCAAUCGCAGGCCGCUUACAUUAUGCAGCAGCAGCAAAUGCUCCAGCAGCAGGCACAAAUGCAAGCCCAGGCACAGGCACAGGCCCAGGCUCAUGCCCAAGCUCAGGCCCAAGCUCAAGCCCAGGCUCAGGCUCAGGCGCAGCCACUUACUGGCCGAAUACCGGGACGCGAGCGAAAGGCUUCGCGAACGGAUGAGAACGGACGGUCGACGGAGGUCUAAGUCAUCUAUUGUACAUUUUAGUUAUUGAGCAAAGCGAUAAUUAUUAAAUCUAUAUAGCAUAUAGAAUGAAAUAUCUGUAUAAUCCGAAUCGAAACGAACCGAACGCCAUUUUCUUCAACACCUAACCCACACACAGCUUACGAGUAUAUAGUGAAUUCUUAAAUGUUCCUUCGUUCUCUGCUAAUAUUAAUGUAUAUAAAUUAAAUUUUUGCCUGUUUCACACUAUCUACACACUAAAAAUAAGUUUCUAAAACUAAUUGUAUAUACAACCGCAUAAUAUAAUACACCCACGAUCUAUGAUAACUAUUCUCUAAAUAUGCAUAUGUAUCAAUUGUAUAAUUCUAAUCUUUGUCCAAACUCUUGAAAACACCAAUUUUUCCCCUGGGCAACUUCUAAGCCCAUCCCCUUUUCGAUCUAAUCCUUUACGAAUUACAAGAGCGAUUUAUGAAUGUAGUUCUAUUAGCAUAGGUGUUAUUACACCUUCCCCACGUUAAGUGUGCGCUAUGUAUAUUAUAUAUUUUCUUUACCCGACAUUAUGUUUGUGUAACUAAAAAAUGAAGUUCGUGUAUACCGCGUGUGUGUGUAUAUACCCUGAAUAUUAAUUUAAAAGCAAUUAGCUAUAAUUAUUCAUAUUUAUAGAGCCAAAACUACCCAAAACCUAAAAUAUUAAAUACGAGUAUAACAAACACGAAGUAUAUGAAAACAAAACAAUAUGUAUAUGAAAAAGCAAAAGACUUAAAAAUUUCAAUAAAUGAAAGGAAAUAAUACCAAUGA